AUGGCCACGACCGAGCAGGCUACAAGGCGCACUGACAGUACAUCGACUUUGGCGUCCUUGCCACCGUUGGAGGUGAAAGAUGAUGAAAUAUCCACGCAGCUCAAGAACGUAGGAUCUCGGAUCCGUCGCAGUGUCUCACAAGGUUAUGCGACCCACGACCCUAACACUGGGGAUGGACGGGCACUCUGGCAAAAGUCCACCUCGCACCCCACCCUCCAAUUCGGCGCCUCCGCGAAGGCUCCUAUUUUCAUCUCUCACAAUGACUUCGUGAAUGAGGAGGCGGCCCGUCGUUACAGUCGCCCCGCCACAGUUGACGAGGAACCAGAGGGAGAGUCUGCGCCGCGCAGCUUUGCCGCUGUUCGAUCUCUUCCGGCCAGUGCUUUUUCUGCCGCCGCGACGGCGGGUACCGAGGAGGAGGAAGACUGGAGCUCUUCAGCCUUCAAUGGUCCGUUUGCACCGGCGAAGGCCUCGACGUAG